GCGAUGGCGACAGAGAUGCAAGAAUUUCGUUAUUUGAUUUCGCAUAUGUUGAGUCCCGAGAACGAUGCAAGAAAUGAAGCUGAAAAGCGAUAUGAUCAGAUACCAAAAGCAACACAAGGCAGAUUAUUGUUCGAACUGUUCUUGGACAAUUCUGCAGAAUUCGAAAUGCGUUCUAUGUGUUUAAUUUUAUUAAGACGGUUACUGUCGAAAGAUUGGGAUGAAGUUUGGCCGAUAUGGGGAGAAGAGAAUCAAAAAGGUUUUUGUGAGCAGUUGUUGAAAUUGGCCACUGAGGAAACGCAUUCUGUUCUACGCAAACGUUUAUGUGAUGUAAUUGCCGAAGUUGCUCGGGCAUCCAUUGAUAAUGAAAGUGGACGUCAAAAAUGGCAGGGCGUGUUGCGAUUUCUUGAAAUUUGCACAACGUCAAGUAGUGCCACUUUGCAAGAAACCGGCAUGAUGCUCAUUGAGAUGGGGAUAGUUGAUUAUUCAACAGUUAUUAUUGGUGGAUUAGUCAAGCGAUUUUUUCUCUGUGAAAAUCAGGCAUAUUUCAGAAAUGAACCUUCUGUAUUUGGCUGUGAUCGUAACCAUUAUAUUACUGGAAUCAAACAAAUGUUUCAAACUUCCCUAUUAUAUGAAAGUGAGAGUUCUGUUAGAACAGCGGCAGUUCGAGCGUAUGUUGCUUUUCUUACUGAAAACGAAGACGACGACAGAUUAAUUAAAUCGUUAUCUGAUCAAAUCCCUGCUGUUAUAAAGGUCUGUAGCCAUGUCGUAGAAGCUGAAACUGAUGACGAUGUUCCUUUACAAUGUUUAGGAGAUUUAGCUAGCAACGUGCCGAGAGUAAUACAACCAUAUAUUAUAGAUAUAUUCAAUCUUUGUUGUGCAACAGUUGCAAACAAGGAAAAGGAUGAUUCAUACCGACAUAGCGCACUUGAAGUCAUGGUUUCUGUAUGUGAGAGUGCACCAACUAUGUUGGAUGAUGAUGUUACGGAGUGGUUAUCAAAAGACAAUACAGAUGAAGAUGAUGAUGAUGAUCAAAAUUAUGGUUUUGGUGAAUCUUCAUUAGAUCGCAUUUCAUGUAGUCUUGGUGGAAAAGCAGUUUUGCAACCGUUCUUGGGUAUUAUAUCUCGUCUAAUCCAUGAUGCGGAUAACUGGAAAAAUCGACAUGCUGCAAUAAUGGGAUUGUCCACGGUUGGUGAAGGUUGUAAGCGUCAGAUGGAACCAAUGAUCGUUGAUAUUGUUGAUAAUAUUCUUCCAUUCAUAAACGAUCCGCAUCCGAGAGUACGAUACGCCGUUUGCAACGCUUUGGGUCAAAUGUCUUCAGAUUUUGAACCAACCUUACAGAAAAAAUGUAGUGAUAAAAUUGUGGAUGGACUAUGUUCAUUACUCGUAGAUCUUUCUUGUCCUAGAGUGUCUGCACAUGCUGGUGCUGCUUUGGUUAAUUUUAGCGAGGAUUGUCCAAAGAUAGUUAUGGCUGCUCAUUUGCGGAAAAUUAUGGAAAAGCUUGAAUUUGUACUGGAACAUACGUUCAAGCAACUUGAAUUCUUGAAUGUUGAAUUUAAGCUGUUGGAACGUGGAAAGAAGUUGGUUCUUGAACAAGUUAUAACUACCAUUGCUUCCGUAGCUGAUGCAGCGGAGGAAUAUUUUAUUACAUUUUACGACCGCUUGAUGCCUCCUCUUAAAUAUAUUCUUCAAGAUGCAAAGUCGGAUGAGCUAAAAUCAUUGAGAGGUAAAACGAUUGAAUGUAUAUCACUUAUAGGCCUUGCUGUGGGCAAAAAUAAAUUUACCAAAGAUGCGCACGAAAUUAUGCAAAUACUGCUUUCGGACCAAUCUCAAUUCCAGAAUUUGUCAUGCGAUGAUCCUCAAACAUCGUAUAUGAUAAGCGCUUGGGCAAGAAUUUGUAAAAUUCUCGGUGAAUCGUUCGCUGAAUAUUUACCUGUGGUUAUGCCAUCAGUUUUACAUACUGCUUCAAUAAAACCAGAUGUUGCUUUGAUGACAGAAGAUGAAGCAACUGUUCAGGAGGAUGAUCCUGGUUGGAGUUUUGUUCCAUUAGGUGAUCAAAAGUUGUUUGGUGUUAAAACCGCUGGUUUAGAAGAAAAAUCUACUGCCUGCGAGAUGUUGGUUUGCUAUGCCCGUGAGCUAAAAGGUGCCUUCAAUCCCUACGUGGAAUCAGUUGUGGAUCUGAUGCUUCCUCAUCUCAAAUUUCUUUUUAGUGAUGAAGUACGUUCCGCUGCUGCAGAAAUUUUCCCUCACCUUUUGGCAUGUGUGCGAGGUCGCGGUGAAGCCUAUCGUUCAGGUCUAUGGCGUGCCGUUUUGCCUGCUUAUAAAGAAGCAAUUGAUAGCGAGCAUGACCGAGAUGUUCUUGCAGAUCAGAUUGAAGGCAUAGCUGAAGUUGGCUUUACAAUUUUUAUUUUAUCUGAGAAUAGUCCUGCUUUAAUCGCAAUAUGUAUAACCGAACUUGGAGGGAAUAUGAUCACUAAUGAUGAUGUGAGGCUAAUUGUCGAUAUUUUGCUUCAACAACUUAAAGUUAUUGCUGAAAAUGUUCAUCGUCGAGAUACGGGUGAAAAAGAAGAUGAAGAUGAUGCUGGUGAAACUGAUAAUGAAGCUAUUGAGGAAGAUGCCAAUGUAUUGUCUCGUAUCACAGAUGUUGUGCAUGCUUUGUUCAAGGAAUUUCGACAAGGCUUUGUUCCAUACUUUGAGCAACUCGAGCCUAUAUUUAGACCUUGGUUAUCUCAAAAAAGGCAUUUCAGUGAAAGGCAAUGGACCAUUUGCAUGUACGAUGAUCUUAUUGAAUUUGGUGGAGAGGCUAGUGUUCAGUACCAACAAUACUUUUAUGAACCAUUGAUUUCUUGUAUCAAUGAUGAAUAUCCGGAAGUGCGUCAGGCUGCUGCUUAUGGAAUUGGUCUUAUGGGAUUAUAUGGAGGUAAAGCGUAUGCACAACUUUGUGCAGGCGCUUUGCAGCCUAUCGCUAAUAUGAUAUCUGAUCAGGCGGCUCGUUCUACAACAGAUGCACUUUUGGCUACAGAAAAUGCAAUAAGUGCAGUUGCAAAAAUCCUUAAAUUUAAUUCUUCCAUGAUAGACGUUAAUGCAGUUAUCCCUACUUUUGUUCAAUGGUUGCCUGUUUGGGAAGAUACGGAGGAGUCUCCUUAUACUUAUGAUUAUUUUGCUGACCUGAUCGAAAGCAAUAAUCCACUUGUUCUUGGUGAAAAUAAUUCAAAUUUACCGCGGAUACUUUCGGUCAUGGUCGAAGCACUUGAUAAAUGCGCACUAGAUUCUGAUGAAUCAGAUGAAAUUGAGUUAAAACAGAGGCGAGAAACCGUAAAAUCAAGAUUAAUUAACAUUAUAAAAUUUAUGCAGACAAAUGCGGAAAUGUUUCAAGCCAUUGUUGUGUCUGCAGCCUUAAACGAACAGCAGUUGUCGGUUUUGCAACAAGUUUUGUCAUAA